UGCUGUUUCAGGAUCCUGUUGUCUGUAGAUUUACUGAGAGUAAUCAGUGUUAUGUAGCUCUGGGACAACAACUGCACCUGCAAAUGCCCCUGGAGGAUCGGUUAGACCUAAAGAUCACAGACAAGACAUUUACCACUUAUACUAUUUUAAAAUAUAGAAAAACCCAAAGUAACCCACCAACACCAAAUAUCCCAGGAUGGCAGUUUGUUAAUGAUAAUAAAACUUUGAUACUAACCAGUGUAGAGAGAAGAGACUCUGGAACAUACAGGUUAGACACGUUUAAUGCAGAUGGGACUAGUAAAGGCAUUUAUACUCUCCAGCUGAACAUUAAAGGUUUGCUGUUUCAGGAUCCUGUUGUCUGUAGAUUUACUGAGAGUAAUCAGUGUUAUGUAGCUCUGGGACAACAACUGCACCUGCAAAUGCCCCUGGAGGAUCGGUUUAACCUAAAGAUCACAGACAAGACAUUUAACUAUCGUUUCAUUUUGAAAUAUAGAAAAACCCAAAGUAACCCACCAACACCAAGUAUCCCAGGAUGGCAGUUUGUUAAUGAUAAUAAAACUAUGAUAAUAACCAGUGCAGAGAGGAGAGACUCUGGAACAUAUACUUUAGAGACCUUUGAUGCAAACGGGACUAAUAAAGGCAUUUAUACUCUCCAGCUGAACAUUGAAGAGAAGGUAGCUGUGUAAACCUGGAUAAGGAUUAGUACAACCAGUACAUGGCUGCUCUCCUUCAUUCAGCAACUCAAAAACCCCGAACCACCACAAAAUGUACAUUAACAAAUUACAUUUCUCAUUCCACACGUACAUUAAAAAAAAAACUAAUCUACCUUCUUGAUUCCUGCAGAUAGUUU